GAGACUAGGAUCAUGGUGGUGCCGUGUGCUGGAGUGCAGCCCAUUAAGGAGGCUCUGGAGGACUGCAUGCAAAACACAAUUCCCAUAAUCCUCUAUGCUCUGAGUCAGGACUCUGUUAGCCCGGACCAGGCGGCCGAGCUCCUGAAGGUCCACGACCUGCUUCCGUUUCCCAUCUGCUUCGUCCGCGUCCCCAGUAUUCCCGGUAUUCCUGCCUCUCAGGGGGAAUCGGGGGCUCUCCAGAAGCAGCUCUUCUCCCUGGGCUUCCUCCAGGACGGACAUGGAAACUGUUCGUGUGGCGCUCCCUCCCAAACACAGCAUGGCCCCUCUGGGAAACCUCACAGCGUUCUCGGGGAGAGUCUGGACCGCCUCCAUCGACUCCUCGUGCACUUCACCCGGCAGGUGUUCACCAGUCAGCUGGUGGAGGCGGCAAACCGACUGAACGCUCUUCACUGCAGCUGCCUCGACCUCUUCAUCAACCAGGCGUUCGACAUGCAGAGGGAUCUUCAGAUCACGCCCCGUAGGCUGGAGUACACCCGGGAGAAGGAGGCGGAGCUCUUCACCUCCCUCAUGGCCAUCGCCAACCGCAAGCAGGAGGAGAUGAAGGAGAUGAUCGUGGAGACGCUGAGCACCAUGAAGGAGCAGCUUCUGGAGGAUGCAGCCAACCUCGAGUUCACAGACAUCAUUGUGAGCUCUAACGGAGACGCGGUGAGCAGUAAGGACAUUAAGUCGUGUAUCCAGCAGAUCCAGGAGCUGAUCGUUGUGCGUCUGAAUCAGGCCGUCGCUAAUAAACUCACCAGCUCUGUGGAUUAUUUACGUGAGAGUUUUGUGGGAACGCUGGAGCGCUGCCUGAGCAGCCUGGAGAAAUCCAACAUGGACGCCCAUAACAUCACCUCCAACCACCUCAAACAGAUCCUGAACGCUGCCUAUCAUGUGGAGGUGACGUUUCACUCUGGAUCGUCCGUUACACGCCUCUUCUGGGAGCAGAUCAAACGGAUAAUCCAGAGGUUGUCGUGGGUGAACCCUCCCUCCAUCACGCCUGAGUGGAAGAGGAAAGUAGCUCAGGACGCCAUCGAGAGUCUGAGCGCCGCCAAACUGGCCAAGAGCAUCUGCUCCCAAUUCCGCACUCGACUCAACAGCUCUCACGAAGCCUUCGCUGCCUCGCUCAGACAGUUAGAGGAGGGUCAUACGGACCGUCUGGGUCGGACAGAGGAUCUGUGGGUGCGUGUGAGGAAAGAACACGCCCCCCGCCUCGCACGCCUCUCACUGGAGAGUCGCUCACUCAUAGAUACACUACUGUACGGGAAGCCGAAGCUGGGGCGGGAGCUGGGCAGGGGGCAGUAUGGAGUGGUGUAUUUGUGUGACACUUGGGGGGGACACAACCCCUGCGCCCUGAAGUCAGUGGUACCUCCUGAUGACAAACACUGGAAUGACCUUGCACUCGAGUUCCACUACACACGGUCUUUACCUAAGCAUGAGCGGAUGGUGGAUCUUCAUGGUUCUGUGAUUGAUCAUACGUACGGUGGAGGCUCGAGCAUCGCAGUGCUGCUGAUCAUGGAGAGACUGCACCGAGACCUGUACACGGGCCUCAAGAAUGGUCUCUCUCUGAAGGAGCGUCUACAGAUUGCGCUGGAUGUGGUGGAGGGGAUUCGCUUCCUGCACGGUCAGGGGCUCGUACACAGAGACAUCAAACUCAAAAACGUGCUGCUAGACAAACAGAAUCGGGCAAAAAUCACAGAUCUUGGGUUCUGCAAACCUGAAGCCAUGAUGUCGGGCAGCAUCGUAGGAACACCCAUACACAUGGCCCCGGAACUGUUCACAGGAAAGUAUGAUCAUUCAGUGGAUGUGUACGCAUUCGGGAUCUUGUUCUGGUAUCUGUGCAGCGGAUCUGUUAAACUACCUGAAGCUUUUGAGAAAUGUUCCAGUAAAGACCAACUGUGGACCAACGUCAAGAGAGGUUCUCGUCCGGAGCGUUUGUCCAGUUUUGAUGAGGAGUGCUGGCAGCUGAUGGAGGCAUGCUGGAACGGAGAUCCGUCUCAGAGGCCGCUGCUGGGAAUUGUACAGCCGAGUCUGCAAAGCAUCAUGGGACGUCUGUGUGACGCCGCUGACCAGAGGAACGCUAGCCUUGAAGACUCCACCUAACACACACACACACACACACACACACACACACACACACACACACACACACACACACACACACACACACAAAACAAAACACUCUGACACACUCCAACAUACUCAUACACACAGUUCAAAAAACACUGUCUCAAACACACACACACACACACACACACACACACACACACACCGAGCGACACAUUCCCAUGAGAACACGAUUAACUGACGAAGAUGUAAAAAGACAGAACAGGUAUAUAGUUUGUUUUUGUAUUUCUGGAAGAUUCUGGUGAUUGGAGAGCACAUGAUGUAUAUGUGCAUGUGUGCGUGCGCACGCACACACACACACACACACACACACACACACACACACACACACUAGGAAGCCAACACACUAUUUAUGAUCAGAUGAUCUGAGCAAUACAAGUUUAAAAUAUGUUUUUCUUUGUGUUUAAUGUAUAUUUAUAUUAAAAGGCAUAUUACACACACACACACACACACACACACACACACACACACUGUUCUUCGUCAUGCAUGCUAAUUGCUGCUUUGUCAUAGGAUUGUUACUAGACCUGAGAAUUUUUAAGACUAGUGUGAUUUAUUUUGGCGUAUUCUACAACGAGAAAAAAAUACUUUAAUUUUAGCUGGUGUUUAAACUUGCUAUCUGAACACGACUUUUUAAAUAAAAAGGUAUUGUCGAGCUGUC